UGCUGCAUGCUGGGUCAGGGUCUGCCUCUGCCUCUUCUCUCAGACUCCCCAUCUGGGCAGUGGCUGCCUGCCUCCGUCCUCCCCGUCCCACCCUGCUCCACUCUGUCUUUGUUCUCUGUUCCUCUUGGCAUGUUGCCUCACAAGUGAUAUCUUAUCUUUAUUUCAUUCUAGCACAUAAACUAAUGAGUCCAGUUUGGUGGUGAUGAUGAUAGUAGUAAUAAUUCCCAUGAACACAGGACCUUAAGACUUAAAAAUGAAGUGUGGAGUAGAUUGGGAAUGCAGGGUAAGGGAGAGGAGAGAGAACAAAUAUGGCAGAUGCAAGUUUAAAGAUUAACUUGGAUUCCAGCUCUGGCCACCAGAGGCCUUGGCCCUGUCCAGUGGUUCAAUACCAAGCGCUGAUGUGAUUUUAUCAGUGGAGAUGACAUUAAAGAAGAGGCCUGACCACUGCUCGGCUGCUGCCCUAAGGGCCAUGGGACUUCUCCAUCUGAUUUGUAGCUGAGACCUUCCCAGGGCUGUGUUGGCUCCUCGUUAGACCUGCAGCUUCUUGAGGACAGGCACCAUCUGACUUGCCUCUUUGUAUCCCCAGCACUAAGCACCUAGUGAGGGCUUUCUUCUGUCUCAUACCAGAUUGGGUCAAGUGUGGGCAGGCCUUUGUAGUGGAUAGGGCUCUGAAUUUGGAGUCAGGAAGACCUGGGUUCUGAUCUUUCCUCUGACGCUGAGGCGCUGCAUAACCACAGACAGGACUGUGCCUCCACCACCAUGAGCAGCACCCUGCAGUCACCCACAGACUUUGACAGCUUGGAGAUCCAGGGUCAGUACAGUGAUGUCAACAACCGUUGGGAGCUGCCCGACGUCGACUGGGACAAUGAGAGCAGCUCCGCCAGGCUCUUUGAGCGCUCCCGGAUCAAGGCUUUGGCAGAUGAGCGAGAGGCUGUGCAGAAGAAAACCUUCACCAAAUGGGUGAACUCCCACCUGGCAAGGGUCACGUGCCGCGUCGGGGACCUGUACAGCGAUCUGCGUGAUGGGCGCAAUCUGCUGAGACUGCUUGAAGUGCUCUCUGGAGAGAUGCUGCCAAAACCCACCAAAGGGCGCAUGCGUAUCCACUGCCUGGAGAAUGUGGACAAGGCCUUGCAGUUCCUGAAGGAGCAGAAGGUGCAUCUAGAGAACAUGGGCUCCCACGACAUUGUGGACGGUAACCACCGCCUGACGCUCGGCUUGGUCUGGACCAUCAUCUUACGGUUCCAGAUUCAGGACAUCAGCGUGGAGACAGAAGACAACAAGGAGAAGAAGUCGGCCAAGGACGCCCUGUUGUUGUGGUGCCAGAUGAAGACCGCGGGGUACCCCAAUGUCAACGUGCACAAUUUCACCACCAGCUGGAGAGAUGGCCUGGCCUUCAAUGCCAUCGUGCACAAACACCGGCCAGACCUGUUGGAGUUUGAGUCUCUGAGGAAGUGCAACGCUCACUAUAACCUACAGAAUGUCUUCAACCUGGCCGAGAAGGAGCUAGGCCUCACCAAGCUGCUGGACCCAGAAGAUGUGAAUGUGGACCAGCCCGAUGAAAAAUCCAUCAUUACCUAUGUGGCCACAUACUACCACUACUUCUCCAAGAUGAAGGCCCUCGCCGUGGAAGGCAAGCGCAUUGGCAAGGUGCUGGACUAUGCCUUGGAAGCUGAGCGCUUAGUGGAGAAAUACGAGUCUCUGGCCUCCGAGCUGCUCCAGUGGAUUGAGCAGACCAUUGUGACCCUCAAUGACCGGCAGCUCGCCAACUCCCUGAGUGGCGUGCAGAAUCAGCUACAGUCCUUCAACUCUUACCGCACGGUGGAGAAGCCGCCCAAGUUCACGGAGAAGGGAAACUUGGAAGUUCUGCUCUUCACCAUCCAGAGCAGACUUCGUGCCAACAACCAGAAGGUGUAUGCCCCACGGGAGGGCCGGCUUGUCUCGGACAUCAACAAGGCUUGGGAACGUCUGGAGAAAGCAGAACACGAGCGGGAGCUGGCGCUGCGCACUGAGCUGAUCCGCCAGGAGAAGCUGGAGCAGCUGGCCGCCCGCUUUGACCGCAAGGCCGCCAUGCGGGAGACCUGGCUUAGCGAGAAUCAGCGCCUUGUGGCCCAGGAUAACUUUGGCCUGGAGCUGGCGGCCGUGGAGGCUGCAGUGCGGAAACACGAAGCCAUCGAGACAGAUAUCGUGGCCUACAGCGGGCGCGUGCAGGCCGUGGAUGCCGUGGCUGCGGAGCUGGCUGCCGAGCGUUACCAUGACAUCAAGCGGGUGGCGGCCCGACAGCACAAUGUGGCCCGGCUGUGGGACUUCCUGCGGCAGAUGGUGGCGGCGCGGCGCGAGCGGCUGCUUAUCAACCUCGAGCUGCAAAAGGUCUUCCAAGACCUCUUCUACCUCAUGGAUUGGAUGGAGGAGAUGAGGGGCAGACUGCAGUCUCAGGACCUAGGCAAGCACCUGGCUGGUGUGGAAGAUUUGCUGCAGCUGCACGAGCUGGUGGAAGCCGACAUCGCUGUGCAGGCCGAGCGGGUCCGAGCGGUCAGUGCCUCAGCACUUCGGUUCAGUGACCCUGGGGCAGGCUAUAAGCCGUGCGACCCCCAGCUUGUGUCCCAGCGCGUGGACGCCCUGCAGCAGAGCUACGACGGCCUCUGUGAGCUGGCAGCCACACGGCGGGCCCAGCUGGAGGAGUCCCGCCGCCUCUGGCGCUUCCUCUGGGAAGUGGGAGAGGCAGAGGCCUGGAUCCGCGAGCAGCAGCACCUCCUGGCAUCGGCCGAGCCCGGCCGCGACCUCACCGGUGUUCUGCGGCUCCUCAGCAAGCACGCGGCCCUCCGAGACGAAAUGAGCGGCCGCCUUGGACCACUGAAGCUCACGCUGGAGCAGGGUCAUCAGCUGGUUGCAGAAGGCCAUCCGGGAGCGAAGCAGGCGGCCGCACGAGGAGCUGAGCUGCAGGCCCAGUGGGAGCGCCUCGAAGCCCUGGCAGAAGGGCGGGCGCGGGACCUGGCCCAGGCCUCCAGCCUCUACCAGUUCCAGGCGGAGGCGCACGACAUGGAGACGUGGCUGGUGGAUGCCCUGCGCCUGGUGUCCAGCCCGGAGCUGGGCCAUGACGAGUUCUCCACCCAGGCCUUAGCCAAGCAGCACCGGGCCCUGGAGGAGGAGAUGCGGAGCCACCGCGCUGCCUUGGAUGCGCUGAGGGAACAGGCCGCGGCCUUGCCGGCUGCCCUGGCCCACGCCCCCGAGGUGCAGGGCUGGCUGCCCGUGCUGGAGCGCCGCUACCAGGAGCUGCAGGCGCGAGCCGGCGAGCGGGCCCGAGCCCUGGAAGCUGCCCUGGCGCACUACACCAUGCUCAGCGAGGCGAGCGCCUGUGGGCUCUGGGUGGAUGAGAAGGAGCAGUGGCUCAAUGGGCUCGCCCUGCCCGAGCGCCUGGAGGACCUGGAGGUGGUGCAGCAGCGGUUCGAGACUCUGGAGCCUGAAAUGAAUGCUCUGGCUGCCCGUGUCAAUGCAGUCAAUACCAUUGCCCAGCAGCUGCUGGAGGCCAAGCCGCCUGGCAGAGAUAGCAUCCUCACCACCCAGAAGCAGCUCAACCACAGGUGGCAGCAAUUCCGGACCCUGGCAGAUGGCAAAAAGGCAGCCCUGACCUCUGCCCUGAGCAUCCAGAACUACCACCUGGAGUGCACAGAGACCCAGGCCUGGAUGAGGGAGAAGAUCAAAGUCAUUGAGUCCACCCAGGGCCUGGGCAACGACCUGGCUGGAGUGCUGGCCCUUCAGCGCAAGCUGGCUGGCACAGAACGGGACCUGGAGGCCAUCGGAACCCGAGUGGGAGCCCUGGCCCAGGAGGCGCACGCCCUGGCCGCCAGCCACCCCACACAGGCCCCUGCCAUCGAGGCCCGGCUCCGCGAAGUCCAAGACGGCUGGGAGGGCCUACGGGCCACCAUGCGUCGCAGGGAGGAGUCCCUGGGGGAGGCCCGGCGGCUGCAGGACUUUCUUCGGAGCUUGGACGACUUCCAGGCAUGGCUGGGCCGCACCCAGACAGCUGUGGCCUCCGAAGAAGGGCCGGCCACCCUUCCGGAGGCAGAGGCUCUCCUGGCCCAACACGCAGCCCUGCGGGAUGAGGUGGAGCGAGCCAAGGGCGAGUACGGCCAGCUUCGCGCCGUGGGCGAAGAGGUGACCCGCGACCAGGCCGAUCCCCAGUGUCUCUUCCUGAGGCAGCGCCUGGAGGCUCUGGGGACUGGCUGGGAAGAACUGGGUCGUAUGUGGGAGAGCCGCCAGGCCCGGCUGGCCCAAGCCCACGGCCUGCAAGGGUUUCUGCGGGACGCUCGGCAGGCUGAGGGCGUGCUCAGUGGCCAGGAGUAUGUGUUGUCUCACACGGAGAUGCCAGGGACCCUCCAGGCUGCUGAUGCCGCCAUCAAAAAGCUGGAGGAUUUCAUGAGCACCAUGGAUGCCAAUGGGGAGCGGAUCCGGGGGCUCCUGGAAGCGGGGCGUCAGCUGGUGGCGGGUGGCAACAUCCACGCAGAAAAGAUCCAGGAGAAGGCAGACUCAAUUGAGAAGAGGCACAGCAAGAAUCAGGAGGCCGCUCAGCAGCUUCUCCGUCGUCUCCGGGACAACCGAGAGCGCCAGCACUUCUUACAGGAGUGCCACGAGCUGACGCUGUGGAUUGAUGAGAAGAUGCUGACGGCCCAAGAUGUGUCCUAUGACGAGGCUCGAAACCUGCAUACCAAGUGGCAAAAGCACCAGGCAUUCAUGGCUGAGCUGGCGGCAAACAAGGACUGGCUGGACAAGAUUGACCGGGAAGGGCAGGUCCUGAAGUCGGAGAAGCCCGAGCUGAAACCCCUGGUCUGGGAGAAGCUGGAGGCCCUCCACAAGCGAUGGGAGGAGCUGGAAAACACCACACAGGCCAAAGCCCGGAGCCUCUUCGAUGCCAACCGAGCGGAGCUGUUUUCCCAGAGCUGCUCGGCCCUGGAAAGCUGGCUGGGCACCCUGCAGGCCCAGCUGCACUCGGACGACUAUGGCAAGGACCUGACCAGCGUCAACAUCCUCCUGAAGAAGCAGCAGAUGCUGGAGCGGGAGAUGGCCGUCUGGGAAAAGGAGGUGGAGGCCAUCCAGACCCAGGCCAAGGCGCUGGCCCAGGAGGAGCACGGGGCCGGGGAGGUGGAGAGGACCUCGCGGGCUGUGGAGGAGAAGUUCCGGGCCCUGUACAAGCCACUGGAGGAGCGCUGCAACCGCCUGCUGGCCUCCCGCGAGCAGCACCAGUUCCAUCGUGAUGUGGAAGAUGAGAUUCUGUGGGUGACUGAGCGGCUGCCGAUGGCCAGCUCCACGGAGCAUGGCAAGGACCUGCCCAGUGUCCAGCUGCUCAUGAAGAAGAACCAGACAUUGCAGAAGGAGGUCCAGGGCCAUGAGCCCCGCAUCGCAGACCUGAGGGAGCGGCAGCAGGCUCUGGGGGCGGCAGCAGGCCCGGAGCUGGCAGCCCGCGUGGCUGAGCUCCAGGAACUGUGGAGGCGCCUGGGCCAGGAGCUGGAGCAGCGAGGGGCUCGCCUCCGGGACGCGCUCAGGGCUCAGCAGUUCUACCGGGAUGCGGCAGAGGCCGAGGCCUGGAUGGGGGAGCAGGAGCUGCACAUGAUGGGCCAAGAGAAGGCCAAGGACGAGCUGAGUGCUCAGGCAGAGGUCAAGAAGCACCAGGUCCUAGAACAGGCCCUGGCUGACUACGCUCACACCGUCCACCAGCUGGCGGCCAGCAGCCAGGACAUGAUUGACGGCCAGCAUCCAGAGAGUGACCGGCUGACGAUCCGCCAAGCCCAGGUGGAGAAGCUGUACGCCAGCCUGAAGGAGCUGGCCGUGGAGAGGCGUGGACGGCUGCUCGAGCACCAGCGGCUGUGCCAGCUGCGGCGGGACCUGGAUGACCUGGAGCAGUGGGUCCAGGAGCGGGAGGUGGUGGCCGCUUCCCACGAGCUGGGCCAGGACUAUGAGCACGUCACGAUGCUGCGGGACAAGUUCCGAGAGUUCUCCCGAGACACCAGCGCCAUUGGUCAGGAGCGGGUGGACAGCGCCAAUGCCCUGGCCGACGGGCUGAUCGCCGGGGGCCAUGCCGCCCGGGCCACGGUGGCCGAGUGGAAGGACGGGCUCAACGAGGCCUGGGCCGACCUCCUGGAGUUACUGGACACCCGGGGCCAGGUCCUGGCGGCUGCCCACGAGCUCCAACGCUUCCUCCACGGGGCGCGGCAGGCCUUGGCGCGGAUUCAGCACAAGCAGCAGCAGCUGCCCGACGGGGCCGGCCGCGACCUGAAUUCUGCCGAGGCCUUGCAGCGCAGACACUGCGCUUAUGAGCACGACAUCCAGGCGCUGAGUGCUCAGGUGCAGCAGGUGCAGGACGAUGGCCACCGCCUACAGAAGGCCUACGCGGGGGAGAAGGCGGAGGAGAUCGGCCGCCACAUGCAGGCUGUGGCCGAGGCCUGGGCCCAGUUACAAGCGAGCUCCACUGGACGACGCCAGCUGCUCCUGGACACCGGGGACAAGUUCCGCUUCCUGCAGGCUGUCCGGGAGCUCGUGCUCUGGAUGGACGGGGUCAACCUGCAGAUGGAUGCCCAGGAGCGGCCACGGGAUGUGUCCUCCGCUGACCUGAUGAUUAAGCACCACCAGGGCAUCAAAGCCGAGAUCGAGGCCCGAGCCGACCGCUUCUCCUCCUGCAUCCGCCUGGGCCAGGAGCUGCUGGCCCAGAACCACUAUGCAUCCGAGGAGAUCUCAGAGAAGCUGUCGCAGCUCCAGGCGAGGCGCCAGGAGACGUCCGACAAAUGGCAGGAGAAGAUGGACUGGCUUCAGCUGGUUCUGGAAGUGCUGGUGUUUGGCCGAGACGCCGGCGUGGCCGAGGCCUGGCUCUGCAGCCAGGAGCCCUUGGUGCGAAGUGCGGAGCUGGGCUGCACCGUUGAUGAGGUGGAGACCCUCAUCAAGAGACAUGAGGCCUUCCAGAAAGCAGCCGCCUCCUGGGAGGAGCGCUUCAGUGCUCUGGAAAAGCUUACUGCGCUAGAGGAGAAGGAGGAGCAGCAGAGGCGGCGGCGGGAACAGGAGGAGGAGGAAGAGCGGAGGAAGAAGGAGCUUCCGGCCUCAGUUUCCCCAGCAGCGCCUCCCCACAGGGAUCAUGUGGAUGGCCAGACGGCCCCAGAGGCCUCACAGACUGGGACCCAGACCCGGCUGCCAUCCUCUGGGGAGCCGGUUGCGGUCAACGGCGUCUGCACCGAUACAGAAUCCUCCCAGCCCCGGCUGGAGCGACAGAGACUGGACCAGAGCAGCUCCCUAGAAGGGCCCGCCCCCGCGACAGGGGAGGCAGCCAAUGGACCGCAGGGAGAGAGGCAGAGCCGGACUCGAGGCCCUGCCCCUUUGCCAAUGCCCCAGGGCAGAGCAUCCGAAUCAGCCUAUGCUGCCACACUGCCCUCUCGUGGCCCCGAGCUCUCUGCCCAGGAGCAGAUGGAGGGCCUGCUCUGCCGAAAGCAGGAGAUGGAGGCCUUUGGCAAGAAGGCAGCCAACAGGUCAUGGCAGACCGUGUAUUGCGUCCUGCGCCGCAGCACCCUUGGCUUCUACAAGGAUGCCCGAGCCGCAAACAUCGGGCUGCCCUACCAUGGAGAGGUGCCCGUCAGCCUGGCCAGAGCGCAGGGCAGUGUGGCCCUGGACUACCGGAAACGCAAGCAUGUCUUCAAGCUGGGUUUACAGGAUGGAAAGGAGUAUUUAUUCCAGGCCAAGGACGAGGCAGAGAUGAGCUCAUGGCUCCGGGUGGUGAACGCUGCCAUCGCAGCGGCCUCUCCAGCCUCCGCAGAGCCUGAGGAGCCGGUGGUGCCCAGUGCCUCCCGGGGCAUGACCCGGGCCAUGACCAUGCCCCCGGUGUCCCCCGCCAGCGUAGAGGGGCCUGUUGUCACACGCAGCAAAGAGGGCAAGGAACGGGAUCGUGAAAAGCGCUUCAGCUUCUUCAAGAAGAACAAAUAGGCAGAGGCCGCCCCGCCGGACCGCGGCCCUCGCUCAUGGCCAGUGGGCAGCAGCCCCUGGGGACUGGCGCCAGGACAGCUACCUGCUGCUGGGGCCGUUGCCAAGCUGCGCUGCCAUGCCCAGGAACUCUGACUGGAGACGCCCCGGGGUCCCACCGUGGCCUGUUCUUCUGCUAUUUAAUUUCCAGACUGGUGAUGGGGCCUAGGCAACCCCCAGCUCAUCCUCUUUCCUCCCCCUCAUCUGUUUGGCUGCAUUCAGGGUCCCCAGACCUCCCCAGCCCCAUGGAGCCUGGGACAGUCCCCCCAUAACCCUAUGCCACUCGGGGCCUCGCCGCCCCACUCUGCCCUGCCUUAGGGCUCUCCUCUCCCAACACAGCUAGGUUCCCUCUGGUUCGGUGUCCCCUAGGAACCAGGCAGGAACGUGUUGGAACUGAAGCCAGGCCUUGGAGACAGGAGCGCCAAGAUGGAGCCAGUGAUGCUGCCGAGCCCAUCCCCCUGCCCUCCUUCCCCUCUCCCCUGGCCCUGAAAUGUCGCCCCAUGUGCUUCCAGGUGCGGGGCCCCCAGGGGGGUCUCCCGCCACGUUGGCCCGGAGACAAUUAAACUGUUCAGCUCUCCUCA